AUGAGGAGGGUUCCUAAAAAGAAAACAAGGGGUUGGACUUUAACCAGAGUGGCUAAUAAGAAAAAUACUUCAGAUACAACAUCAUACGUUGACAAAACUGCACCAAACUCUGACACAUUAAACAUCCCAGACGAGUCUGUUCUCUUCCUCAAAGGCCUGCUGUUCACAUGCAUCAUGCCCUCAUUCUACAUCAUCAUCAUCCUCAUUAGUUUGCCCCUGAACGCUUUGGCCUUCGUAGCAUUCACAUGUAGGAUUCGAGAGAAGAAACCAGCUGUGAUCUACAUGUCUCAUCUGGCGUGUGUGGACCUGUUCUUCACCCUGCUGCUGCCUCUGAAGAUCCACUACCAGCUGAACGCUUCAGAUUGGGUGUUCGGUGAGGCGGCGUGUCGUGUGCUCAGUGCAGCUUACUACUGCUACAUGUACUGCUCCAUACUGCUGAUGAUGUGCAUGAGUGUGGACAGGCUGCUGGCCGUGGUGUAUCCCGUCGCCUCUCUGACCUGGAGGAGCACAAGAAAAGCCACAUGUGUGUGUGUGUUGGUCUGGCUGCUGGCACUCGCUGGUACGGUGCCGCUUCUCUUAGUGAGACAAACAUUCAAGAUAAAUGAUGUGGGCAUCACCUGCCAUGACGUACUACGCCAAAAUGACCCUACAGUAGUGUUUUAUGUGUAUUUGUUCUCCAUCCUUUCCUGCCUCUAUUUCUUCUUGCCUCUGAUCGUCACCUUGGUGAGCUACUCCACCCUCAUAUAUGCACUUAGUGCAAAAGCUGGUCUCUUAACAACGUCCUCUUCAUCUUCAGACAACCGAAGGAGAGCUGUGAUUAUGGCUAUAGCUGUGCUGAUUGAGUUUGUGGUGUGCUUUGCACCAACAAAUGGCAUCUUGUUGUACCACUGUGUUCGUUUAGCCACUAGAGGAAGAGAUGAGGAGGGGAAAUACUUUCUGAUGGCUGUGUGCUUGGGGAGCGCAAGUGUUUUUCUGGAUCCUCUGCUGUACUACUAUGGCUCGUCUCAAUGCAGAAAGAAGAUCAGCUCUUUGUUCUGGUGCAGUAAUGCAAAAAAGAGAGCAAGAACACAGUCAAAUACAAAAACCUUUCACUGUACUACAGCUGCAAAGUAAAUACAUUUAAAGUGAAAAGUAUAUAUCUCUCAUAAAACAACAACUAGGCAUAUUAUAAGCUGUAUUCUUUGUUUGCUUAACAGGUUCACCACAAUGUCAUUAUCUACCUGUUUUAACCAACAUUGAAUAAAUUGUAGGAUUUCAUUGUCUCUGUAUGCACACUAUAAACAAUAUGUAGCUAUUGUAUUGUGUCUGAGAAGGUCACGGAGAAUGUUUUUCAUAAUGCAUAACAUGUUAUUUAUCUUAAUUAAGGAAAUAGUAAGUAAUCAACCCUAUAAAAGCAUUUGACUGAAGCUGUUUGAUCAUUGAUUGUA